UUCUCUUCGGUAAAACGGUUUCUAUAAACAUUGUUGAAAUUUUUGGGAGUCUGAAGUGAAAUCGCCAUGAGAGAUGGUUAUCAGAUGCUUAAUUAGCUUCUUUCGUAGCGGGUGGUUCAAAAAUUGAUUUAACUUGGCUUCAACUUACUUCAAGGAUUGCAGUGAUGGAAUCAGGUGAUUCCAUGGAAAGAGAUGGUGUUUGGAUGCCCUUGACCCCAGGAAAGCCAAUUCCCGCUAGGUUAGGGUUAGGGUUGCAUUCGGUUCAACCGAUGGGAGGUCGACAUAACUGCAAGGCGACAUUAACUUCUGGACAAGGGACAGGAAUCGAGAAUCUAAAUGAGGCAUUUCCAUUUAUGGCUUCUUUCAAUGCUACUGGAUAUUUGGAACAUAAUGGAAUUAAUGAGAUGUAUGGAUUGAAGGCUGGUUUUGGUGAACGUGAAGCGGAUUUGGGUGUGGCUGGAAAGGAUCCUAAAAGCAAUGCAGCGGAUCAGCUUUGCUUUUGUGUAGAUGACACAAGCUGUGCACGAGAGGAGGAAGUCAAAGUACCUCAUUCCGAGUGUGACAGUAAAAACGUUCAUCGUGUUCAUGAGUCACGAGCUGGUGUUGGCUCAGUUCCUACUACAUCUGAGAAAAAAGAUAGCAGGAAAAGGCGUAAUGAUGGCAUUGACUUGAAUAAGAAGCCAAGUCAAAGACCCCGAAUGAAAAAACACAGGCCUAAAAUAUUAGAUGAUAGCAAACCAAAGAAAGUCCCAAAGGCUCAAACACCACGGGCUUCUACCCCAAGACCAAAAACUCCAAAACCCGUAACUCCAAAUCGGGUACAAGAGAGGAGGAAGCCGGCAAGAAAGAACACAUUCACAGGGUCAACCAGUUGUAUGCAAAGCUCAACUAGUUAUGGCUAUAAAGAUGUUGUGCAAGAUGUCCAAUCAGCUUCUAUGUCGUCCAUAAUCGUUUUUAAGUCAUGCAAGCGUUCCUUGGAUUUUAACCAUCAUCUAGUUGAUGGAAAGUCUCAUUAUGUGUCAAAAUCACAUGUACAACCCCGAAGCGUUAAUUAUGACCUUGGAGAAUUUAGUUAUUUCGGUAAGCUUGUUACUUCCAAGAGAAAUACACCAAGGAGGAGUAGGUUUCAAAAAAAGUGUCUUAAAGCUUCAGAGGAUUUGUUGGCAGAUAAUAACAAGCAGCAAUGCCAUCAAGAUACUUCAGUCAUAAGAAAUCAAGAACUAGCUGAAACACAUGGUAGAAGGUUUGUUUACUUUUAUCAACGCCGAAAGAAAAGAAGUUCAAACGCAACCAGUGUCAUCCCUACGCUGCAAGUAUAUCGAAGGAAAUUUAGAGCAAAUCAGUGUCUACAAAAUAGCAAAAAAAGUGGACCCAAUUUUCCAAGUAUAUUCAAGAAACAAAGGGCAAAGAGAAGAAAGGCCACUAUGAAUGUAAAUUGGUGGUACAUCAAGGCUUUUGAAGAUGGGAAGAAACGCGUGAAAAGAUCACAUAGAAAGCACAUACAAACUACUGGAAAAAGUGUACAUAAUGGGGUCAAUAAAUCCAAAGACCACAAAGGAGUGGUGAAACCCAAUCUUCAUACGGCCGAAAGAUUUCUUCAUGUGUUUUUAACCAAGAAAAGGAAGCGAUCCAUACGACACACUCGUAGGCGAGAAAAUAUCUUGGACAUUCCUAUUUUUAAAACAACGCCUUAUGAAAGUGAAAAAAGGAGAGAAAAUAUCAUGGAGUUAUCUAUUUUUAAAGCAAUGCCUUAUGAAACUGAAAUAUGCCUUCCACAGCAAGAAGAAAGUUUUCUAAAGGUUACGGAAUGCUUCCCACUACAAGAGGUUCCGAUCCAGACAAUUGAGAGUUUUACCUCAUUUCACCGGAAUGUGCAACUAGUUGAUAACUCUGUUGAUGCUCUAAAGUCGCUCCAACUACAAGAGGUUCCGGUUCUUGGAAGUCAAAGUUUGCUACCCGGAGACCAAGCUACCCCGCUUUCUAAAAAAGAGUUAAAUGAGUUGUAUGUAAGAGAAAUCACGGAGUUUGUAAGAAGGAAGAUGGAGAAUCUAGACAUCAAUGGUCAAUGCAAGGAACUUGUGGUACGGGAUCAUAAUUUCAGUGGGACGCUUGUAAAGACAGAACCUCCCAAGAAGCGCAAAGUGCUUCCCAAGGUGAAUCUUGAUGAGGAGACAUUGAGAGUGUGGAAGCUGCUGAUGGAGAAUGAUGGAAGUGAACCAGUUGAAGAAAUGGACAAAGAGAAGGAGGAAUGGUGGGAAAGACAGAGGAAAGUAUUUCGUGGACGAGUGGACUCAUUCAUUGCCAAGAUGCAUCUUAUCCAAGGUAACAGGCGUUUCUCACAAUGGAAGGGAUCUGUAGUGGACUCGGUGGUUGGAGUUUAUUUAACUCAAAACGUGUCAGACCAUCUAUCAAGCUCGGCUUUCAUGUCUCUAGCGGCAAGAUUUCCGGUUAAGUCCACUAGCAAAGAAGUUUGUGACCAUGGUGAAGUCGAAACUAGCCAAGAAUUAGUCAGAAGUAAUACAGUAGUUGAUGGGAGGUUCUCUAUGAAUAAUGAAACAGAGAAGGAUAUGGGAACUUCAUGUGCUGAUGUAAGCGAUGCGACUCCAACCGUGAAACCUGAACAAGAGGGGCUUUCAAAUCCAUUUCUGGUUCAAGAUAAGCCCUGUGUCGAUGAAAAUUCAAAUGCUUUCAGAAAACUUCUCGACAUAGAGGAGGUGGACUAUCUAAAGCAAUUUUAUAGUUCCGCAAAUGAUAAAUCGCCACUAAAUGAGAGCAGAGAUAAUGGGGAUUUGAAUGUGAGCAAAGAAGGCGAAGAGCAAAGUGCAACAUCUUUCGAUUUGUCAAUUUGUCAUGAACCAUGUGCUACAAUUUCUGAUGUAAACGUUGGUUUAUGUGAAAUUUCAGUCGUCAGGAACAUAGAGAGGGAGGUGGUAGGGGAAAAGAACGGAGGUAAUGCGCAUUUAAAGCAUUCGGAAAGUGAAUUUGAGGGGAAAGAGGGGGUUUCAAAUCCAUUUGUGGUUCAAGAUAAGCCAUGUGUCGAUGAAAAUUCAAAUGCUUUCAGGAAACUUCUCGACAUAGAGGAGGUGGACUAUCUAAAGCAAUUUUAUAGUUCCGAAAAUGAUAAAUCGCCAUUAAAUGAGGGCAGAGAUAAUGGGCAUUUGAAUGCGAGCAAAGAAGGCGAAGAUCAAAGUGCAACAUCUUUUUAUUUGCCGCCUCCUCAUGAACCUUGUGCUACCAUCUCUGAUGUAAACGUGGGUUUAUGUGAGAUUUCAAUUUUCAGGAACGUAGAGAGGGAAAAAAAUCAAGGUAACGAGCAUCUGAACCAUUCUGAUGGUGAAUUCAUAGCUCAACAAAAGUCAACAACCCUUGAAGAAGAACCAAUAAUUGCUACUCCAAUUUGCACGCUAAAUUCUGAAGUCACCAUUGAACAAAGCGUAGAUGCAGUAAACAAUCACCCGAGCAUGAAAGCAAUCCCGUUAGACCCUCGAAGCACUGGAAAAAAGAAAAGCCGAACUGACGAAAAGCAAGAAAUGAAGACUGAUUGGGAAAGUUUGAGGAGAACUUAUUGCAAAAGUGGAGGAAAAGAAACCAAUGAGAAUAACAUGGAUGCGGUUGAUUGGGAUGCAGUUAGGCGUGCUACAGUCGAAGAAAUUGCUGAAACUAUAGUUGAAAGAGGAAUGAAUAACGUGUUAGCUGCACGGAUAAAAGAGUUUUUAGACCGAAUGGUUAAAGACCAUGGAACUAUUGAUCUCGAGUGGUUAAGGGAUGUUCCACCAGACAAGGCAAAGGAGUUCUUGCUGAGCAUACAAGGAAUUGGUUUGAAAAGCGUGGAGUGCGUACGACUUUUAACACUACAUCAUCUUGCUUUUCCUGUUGACACAAAUGUUGGUCGGGUAGCCACACGUCUAGGGUGGGUUCCACUGCAGCCCCUCCCUGAAGAAGUUCAAAUUCAUCUUUUGAACGCGUACCCAAUGAUGGACUCCAUUCAAAAAUACCUCUUCCCCAGGCUAUGCACACUUGAUCAAAGAACAUUAUACGAGUUACAUUAUCAGUUGAUCACGUUCGGAAAGGUAUUUUGUACCAAGAAAAGUCCAAAUUGCAAUGCAUGUCCCAUGAGAGCAGAGUGCAGACAUUAUGCAAGCGCAUUUGCUAGUGCUAGGCUUGCCCUUCCUGGUCCAAAAGAAAGUAAUGCAACUUCAAUCGUCCCAGCUGCAAAUGAACAAAACGAUUCAAUGCUUAAAACACCACCAUCAUCCUUCGUAUUAGAACUCGACAACUUGGCUUCAACUUAUCAUGUUCGAAAUAGCGAGCCCAUAAUCGAAGUUCCCCUAUCUCCGGAGCCUGAAGACGCAUUGCCAAUCAUACGCGAUAUUGAAGACUACUAUUGUGAGUCGGAUGAUGAAAUUCCCACCAUCAGACUUAACACCGAAGAGUUUCGAGAAACUUUAAAGGAUACUAUAGACGUUAAUAAUAUUUCUCUCCCAGAGGCUGAAAUGUCGAAAGCCCUAGUUGCUUUAACCGCACAAGCUGCCUCCAUUCCGGCACCACGAAUGAAGUACGUAGCGAAGUUGAGGACUGUACACUAUGUCUAUGAGCUCCCAGACUACCAUCCGAGUUUGGCUGGGUUUGACGAAAGGGAACACGAUGAUCCAACCCCAUACCUUCUUGCCAUUUGGCUUCGAGGUGAAACUUCCAAUUCAUUAGAAUACAACAAUGAUCAAGAAGAAAUGGUUAAAGGAACGGUCUUGAUACCUUGUCGAACUGCAAAUAGAGGGAAGUUUCCCCUCAACGGAACAUAUUUUCAGGUUAAUGAGGUAUUUGCCGAUGAUGAAACUAGUCGGUUUCCGAUGGACAUUCCAAGAUGUCAGCUGUGGAAUUUGCCAAGGCGAUAUCUAGGCUGUGGUACAUCUGCAACAUCGAUAUUUAAAGCCCUUUCAACCAGUGAUAUUCAGCGCUGCUUUUGGAAAGGAUCGAUAUGUGUAAGAGGAUUCAACAGAAAAACGCGGCACCCGCGUCCUCUUCAUCGAAGAUUUCAUAUUUCAACAACCGCAAUUGCAGCAGAGAACAAAAGAACAGGGAAGAGAUAGCAUUAUUAGACUUGUGUACAUAAAUUAGCUUGAAAAUAAUUAGGGAAGAGAAUAGGAAAUUCCUUGACUUGUAAUUAAUUUCGAGUGUUUCUAAUCGAUCUUUUAGUUUUAGGCGGUGGUUAUUCGUAUCCCGUGUUAUUAUGGCCUUUGAGUUUCUGGUCAUCG